GGUUUAGGUACCACUAUAACCGUGGUCCGCAACAACCACACAAUCCUUGAUGCUCGUGCAUUGUCAAACAAGACAACUUUUCGAAAUGAUCUGAACUCAAAUUAUCGCAAUCACAAACUCAGUUGCUGCUCCUGCAAUAAGCAACGCAGGCAGUUAAUUCGAUGGAGGAGGACACGUUAGCUGCAUUAGCAGCAAAAGCAACGGCCCGCAUCGAGGCGGAAGCUGCCGAGACCGAUAUCGCCGUUGAAGAUGAUGCGGACGCGCAGGAGCCGCCGCCCGACCUGCACAACGUCGAGCAGUCACCACUGGGUCUUGCAAUUGACGAAAUGCAGACCACGAUGCUGGGUGGCAGGAAGAUGGUUCACUCACCGCUGCUCGCACAGCUGCCCACGCCCGCUGGCACCCCCACCGAAUCUGGCUCUCCGUCACCUUCGCAAACGGCCACCGCCCAAGACGAAGCCGAAGAUGCCGCGGGGCUACGUCUUGACAGCAAUGUUAUAACCACAGCCAACAAGGCCCGAGGUCACGACUUGACCGUUGACACAGAUAUUGCCGUUCAUGGCCGAGACCAACCACCAUCCUCAGACUCUGCCGGCGUCGCCCGAUCGCAGCCCCAGUCUGCUACGGCCAAAGCCCCCGCGCCUUCAAGACAGAACACCCAGGACAAUGUUCGCCGUUUGUCGGCCAGCAAAAUGCAGGAAUUGGCCUCGUCACCCGAUUCUCUCCCCAUCGCUUCGAUCCCCGACCGCAAACUUCCCGAACACCCGUUAUCGGCCGGAAUCGUCGAGACUGCUGCAGGACGCCCCUCCAUGGCCGAUCAGGCACGCACUCUGUUGCAGGGCUCGAUGCCUAUCGAGCGCACUUCACGGGUAGCGAUGCAGCGGGCUGGCUCGGCUUCGGGCAACGGUACUCCUCGACCUGGACCUCCGCCCAGGACCGUCUCUACACCGCCUAUCAACAGAAGGAAAAGCUCAAGUCAGCCACCAAAUCCAGCCUCCAACCGUCGCAAUUCGUUUCACCCUACACCCCGUCUGGGCCAAGGCAGUACCGCAUUCCCACCACUGCCGAAUCCGAAUAUAGAAGGUGCAGGCCAUACUUCUAAAUCAACAUCAGGACCGGAGCCACAGAAUCAGCAAGCGCAGGCGCAGUUGUCUUCUGAAUCGGCCGUUUUGGAUCCCCCCGUUCCGACCUCUCCGGUGAUGGCAAGCCUCCCCUUGCCGCCUCUUUCCGUACCAACCUUCCUGCAGCUCGAGCUGGCAGGACAGCGCCCAAGUCCGCUUUACAUAUAUCAAUCGUACUCGGCCGAUAUUCCGUACGAAUCGAGCGCGGUCAAACUCGCACGCCUCAAGAACUUCCUCCUUCUUCCCGGAUUUCUCGAGCGCACCAUUCUGUUUGGUGCACUAGCCUGUGUGGACGCCUGGCUAUGGACAUUUACCAUUCUGCCGAUCCGUUUUGUCAUUGCAGUCGGCGUGCUAGCCAAGUGGUGGGUCUACGUGGUCAUUAAGGAGGCCCGGUGGUCCAUUGGAUACGUCUGGUAUGGCAUUGGGCGAUGGUGGAGGCGGGGGGCGAGGGGAAGGUCUGCCUCAAGGGCAGACGACGGUAAAAGUUCCGCGGGUGAGGAGUCGCGUAGCCCUAGUCGGGUCCGCGAGGUUUCGGUGAGCAGCGCUAGGACUCCCGUUCACGAAGGUGGAUUACAGCCAUCACUGGUACCGGCCCAGGCAGGAAUUCGUAUAAAUGAAACGCCCAGAAUCGGCGGUUCUUCUGUCGGAGAUGGUACCAUACAUGCACGACGUCGUGGCGAAUCGAGGUCGUCGCAACAUAGCCAAGGUCGUGGUCAAGGCACGGCCCACUCAAGCCGGAGAUUCUUCAGGCACCGGAGGACCAAGUCAACGCCCUCUGGCCUCACGUCGUUUCACAAGGCCGACAUCCUGCAAGGACUGGUUAUUGUGUUCACAUGCGUCGCACUGAUGCACCUAGAUGCCAGUCGCAUGUAUCACUCCAUCAGAGCACAGUCUGCCAUCAAGCUCUAUGUAAUCUACAACGGCCUUGAGGUUGGCGAUCGUCUCCUGUCAGCGUUAGGACAGGACAUUUUCGAGUGCUUGUUCAGCAGCGAAGUACUGGCGCGAGAUCAUCGCGGCCGCUCCAAGGUGAUGGUGCCUUUCGGCAUGUUUAUUUUGGCGCUGCUAUAUAAUUUCCUUCAUUCCGUGUGCCUUUUCUACCAGGUCAUAACGCUCAACGUGGCCGUCAACUCGUACUCCAACGCGCUCCUAACGCUGCUGAUCUCGAACCAGUUUGUCGAGAUCAAGAGCAGCGUGUUCAAGCGAUUUGAGAAGGAGAACGUUUUCCAGUUGACUUGUGCCGACAUUGUGGAACGCUUCCAGUUGUGGCUCAUGCUCAUGAUCAUUGCGAUGCGGAAUAUCGUCGAGGUUGGAGGCUUGACCAUCCCUGGCGCCGGAACUGGAGGCGGCAUGGGUGGCAUAUCUGGCGGGGAGCCGGUGCCCAAAGUUCCGCUCCAUAGCGCAUCGAUUCUCCCAGCCAGCUUCACGGCCCUUCCAUCUUGGCUGUGGUCGGGCGAAGUGCUCUCGCCAUUCUUCAUCGUGACAGGAAGCGAGACGAUUGUGGACUGGAUCAAGCAUGCCUACAUCAACAAAUUUAACAACAUCAAGCCAAACUUCCACGGGCGGGUGCUUGACAUACUCUGCAAAGACUAUUACACCAACGCCUUUGUCACGCCAUCCCUGACUCGCCGUCUAGGCCUUCCGCUACUUCCUCUAUCAUGUCUCUUCAUCCGCGCUUCGGUCCAGACCUAUCACAUGUUUUUGGCCACGCACCUGCCCGCACCUCUUCCGCCCUCGACGCAGACCAGCUUGACUGUGGAGUCGAGCUCGUCGGCCGCGACUCCGAGCAGCCAGGCGGUGGCGGCGUCACUGGAGAGGCUCGACGGGAUCAUCAGAAAUGCGCUGGGUAGGGCGGUGCACGGGAUGCCGUAUGUUGCUGCCAACACGACGCCGGAGCCACCACCGAUGAUGACGACGAACAGCAACAUUACCGAUUUCCCGUACCGAAUCUUCAUGAGCUGGACGACGGACGACGCUAUCGCGCUGGUCACGAUGCUGACCGUCUUCUUCCUCGCUUUCCUCGUGUUGCUGGUGCUGAAGUUGGUUCUGGGCAUGACUUUGCUGCGAUAUUCGCGCGGUCGGUACGCAGCCAUGAGGAGGCGCGAGCACGCCGUCUCGACGGGAAAACAGGAGCCAGAACAGUUUGACCAACCGGGCAGCAAGCGGGUCGGCGGUUUCGGCCAUGUGGAGGUGGGUGAGGAUCGGAGGGCGUGGCUCUACGACGACGAUCCUGAAGGUUUGAAGAAGGCACAAGCAACAGAGAAGAGAAACGCAGGCAAGAGGGAGAAGAGCGAGAAGGAUCUUGGAAGAAUCAGCCGGUAUGAGAUGGUAGCCAAGAGGAUUUGGUGAUUCUUUUUUUUCUCGGCGAGAUACGAGGCUUGCUACAGAGACGGAUGCAGAAGCAGUGCAUUCUCUUUUUUUCUUUCUUCUCUCGCAAUAAAUGGCGUUGGGUUGAGCAUAUCAUUAGGCGUUUAUUUGGGUUCUUCUAUGGGAUAAAGGAUGAGAUAUGGAUGCGAUGCGUUGUUUUCUUGUGAUAACAGAAAAGUCAAAAGGCCGUCUGUCAAGGAGCAGAUACAUUUUCCCCUUAAAACAAGAAAAAAAGGAUGGGAAUGGCUACCCAUGUCUCCCGUAAAUGAGGUGAGCCGAAACAAAGGCAAGACCAAAUUGAGAGACGCCCCGAUUCCGUCACUUUCCAAAACCAACUUUGAUCAAAAAGCAUCCAUCACAUAAUGACGCACGGGAUCGGGAUGCAGCAGCACGAGACGCCGUCGCACUCGAGGCAUUUGGUCUGCCCAGAGCCGCCGCCCGGCUUGAUGAUGGACGAGGCGGUGGAAGACGCGGCGCUGCCGGGGCCGUUGGCGACGACGGGGCCGGCGAGGGAUGCGGAGCAGGCCAUUUUUGUUUGUUUGUAUGUAUGUAGUUGCUUCAGGGGGGGCGGUGUGAGUGACGUCAGAGAAUUAGUUUUGUUUGAACCCCGGAUUUCGAGGAGAGGUCGCUUACGAGUUUUUGUUUUGGGGGUGGUUUUGUGACGAGAUCUGUCUUUUGUUUGUCGAAGAAUGAAAGCUACAGAAGGCGUGGUUCAAUUGCGGGACGUUGUUUUUUUUUGUUUGUUUUGUGCUCGAGUCGUCUAGUUUGAUCUUUGUUUGGGGGGAAGAGAGCGGUGGAAGCUUUUUGUAUCCCAAUUCAUGGGCUCGGCGGCCGCGUGUUGGAAGCUGGCUUCAUCCCUGUUCAGCGGGCGGCAGUGCUAGCUUGAUACCUUGGCGGGGCCCGUCCUUGGCCGCAGGGGGGUCGAGUUACCAGCUUGGUACGGAGUAUGAUUCGUGGUACUUGCUCGUGAUUGCCCAAAUAGAGGUUCACAGGGUUAGGGGUAGGUUCAGGGGUUUAUCUCCGUUUCUUUUUGAAGAGACAAUAUAUUGAUUGGUAUAUACUCAGUAUAUAGGUAGUAUAUAGGUAGACGAGACAGGUACGUAAUAAUGAAGAAGAGUAAUAUAUACAAUGUAAGUUGGG